CUGCCUACAUGCGCUGCAUCUAUUGGGCGGUGACACGAUUUCCGUCACUGACGUGUCACUGUAACAAAGCCCUUGCUGAGGCAUAUCUCGUUGAAUGAAUCCUUGAGAGAGAGAGUGGCCUUUGGAUCUGAAAUGGGUUUCUUCGAUUUCAUCGUGUUGAUGUUGGGGUCACUCUUUUUGUUCAAAGCUUUCGAUUUUGCUUUUUUAGUCUCUCUCUUCUGCUCCAUUUGAUUCCCCCAAUUCUUCAGUGUUCAAACCCUAAUCUGUUGCUAUGAGGAAGAAGCUCGAUACCCGUUUCCCUGCUGCUCGGAUAAAGAAGAUAAUGCAAGCAGAUGAGGAUGUUGGAAAGAUAGCACUGGCUGUUCCUGUUUUAGUUUCUAAAGCUCUAGAACUAUUUUUGCAAGAUCUUUGUGACCGUACUUAUGAAAUAACUCUUCAAAGAGGAGCAAAGACCAUGAAUUCAUUGCAUUUGAAACAUUGUGUACAAAGCUAUAAUGUCUUUGACUUUCUGAGGGACGUUGUUAGCAGAGUUCCUGAUUACGGUCAUGGUCAUGGCCAUGCUGAGGCUGGUGCUGAUGAUCGGGCCAUUUCAAAAAGAAGGAAAGCUGUCGGUGAUGACUGUAAUGAUAGUGAUGAAGAGGCUAAGAGGAGCAAGAUGCAAGAGUUGAGCCACACUGGCACUACUGGCAGGGGAAGAGGCCGGGGCAGAGGAAGAGGCCGCGGCCGAGGGCGACCACCUUUAGUAAGAGACACAUAUCACCAGGAUGCCGAAUCUGAGCCUUGCACCUCUGUUCAGCCGAGCAACCAUCAAAGUACAAACCCAAUUGUUGCAGUGGACAGUGGUUCUGAGUCAAAAGAUAUACCAAAGGAGGAGAAUGUUGCAAUUCCUGUUGUAAGCACUGAUUCACUCCGGAACAUUGACCUGAAUGCCAUUACGAAUGAAAAUGAUGACAAAAAAGCUAGUGUGGCAGCUGAUACCUCAUUGCCGGAACCUCCUUCAACAGAGGGCAAGCAUGAAGAGAUUCUGGGGUGGCCCCUUCCUGAUGUGGACAAGAUGGCCAUUGAUUCAACACAGCUUGCACAGCUGGGUAGGCCACUAGAAGAGGAGGAGGAAGAUUAUGACGAGGAGGAGGGGUAAAUAUUAUAGUCUUUGGGUGAUUAGAUUAGUGAAAAAGCUCAUGAUAACUGUAGAAUAAGUACAUACUAGUGUUAUGAUUAUGAGUACCCACUAGCUGUCAAAACAUGUCCCAUGUUGUUGGCGGCUGGCUGAAAAAAGGGUCUGAAUGUACCUUCAGAUCCCCCUUUUUAUUAAUCUGGUUUGUAUGUGUAGCUGAUGUAUCUUUCCAUUGACAAGUAAUGUUAGCUUUGUACUUUUAGGUCUACAAUGUAUGUAUAUCACAAUUCUAGAUGGAGUGAAAUUUAUGCAUGCAACCUUAUUUAA